UCUGUUUGUUUACAUUUUUUGGGCCAAAUAUGGCCGCUAACAAAGUCUCUUAUGGCGGUUAGAGCUCAAUAAGUAUUGACACUUUUAAAUUCUCAGGUCUUAAUUUGCACCUACUGUGCAGGUUCCGAUUUAAUUGUCUUGUUUUUCGUGUCGCUGGACUAGUCUUUACCUAAUCUUUGUGUGUGUCGUUAGCCGCUGAAGCUAGGUAGCAAGCUAAUUUCUCCAUAAGGAACAAUGACGGCGAGUUCUGCGGGUAGCAGUAGCUGUCUUGCCGCUAAAGGACUGGACAUAAGUCUGGCAGCUCUACAGCGACAAGACCCAUAUAUCAAUAACAUUGUGGACGUUGCCAGCCAAGUGGCUCUGUAUACUUAUAACAACAGGGCAAAUGAGUGGGAGAAGACAGAAGUAGAAGGCACUCUUUUCAUCUACACAAGGCUGGCAUCUCCCAGGCAUGGCUUCACCAUCAUGAACAGACUCAGCAUGGAGAAUCUGACAGAGCCUAUCACUAAAGACCUGGACUUCCAGCUCCAGGACCCCUUCCUGCUGUACCGCAAUGCACGUUUGGUUAUCUAUGGGAUUUGGUUCUAUGAUAAGGAGGACUGUCAACGCAUUGCAGAGAGGAUGAAGAUUCUGACCCAGCAGGAGCAGGUCCUGGCUCAGUCUCAGGGUGGUUGGUUGUCCCCAGGAGGAGGACGAGAUCGAAGUGAGGGGAAGGCAGUAGACAUCAUCCAGAUGCUGACCAAAGCACGUACGGAGUAUGACAAGAAGUCUACUUCAGAGCCAAAGGAGAUUGGUGGCAGCAGUGUUCUAUAUGGAAACACCAACCUGAUUAAACCAAUACCUGUUAAACCGAACACUAAGGACAGUGAAGGUCCUGCACCAAAGUCUCUGUCUCUGGCCACUCUCUUUGGCUCUCAACCUCAACAUCACCACCCAUCUAAACCUGACCCCAUGUCUCCUGUGGCUGCUCCCAGGACAGGGUCAUCACUAACCUACGAUGAUACAGUGAACUCUAGUGGAAGUGUGACCUCCAAGGGAGGGAAUAUCAUUCUUUCCGGGUGUUCAGAUGGAGUGGUUAGGGCUGCAGUCAGAGAAGAUAAUGGAACUAUUGUUGCAGGCCUACUGCCGAGUCCUGCUCAGCAGCAGAAUCAGCCACAGCACUGCCCAGCCAUCCAGAAGCUCAUGCAAGGACAGAGAGGUGUGAGUGGGGUGCUUCAGACUGUGUCCGAAUCCCCUGAGAACAGGCUGUGUGAUAGUGGGGUACCACUGGAGCAUCACCACCACCAUCACCAUCUUUACCAUCAUCAUCAUCAGCAGCAGCAGCACCAUCAUCACUAUCAACAGCCUCAACCUGACCCAAUCAAGAGACUUUUUCAAACACAGCCACCUCCUCUCCCCUCUACCUCCAUUUCCUCUGCUGCUCCCCCUGGUUGCUCCAACCCUCUUCCUCUGCAGCUCAGUCCCCAUCUCUCUCCCAAGCCCAUCAUGGGGAAUUCUGUGUCACAUCCCCAACUUCAAGUACAACAGAGCCAGCAGCUGUUUUUCAGCCUUUCUAAGCCUCAGCCAGAUGUCCAGAGCAGCCAGUCAGCUUUGACUGCACAGGCAGCAGGUUUGCUGCCAUCUCAGGUGACCAAUCACCAAGUCAUUCAACCUUCACAAGGUCUGUCUUCACAGAUGCCAGGUGUGCUGUCUCCUCAUGAGCUCCUCCAAAAGCUCCAGCUGGUCCAGCAGGAGCAAAACCUAGCUUCCCAUGACCCCCCUCGUCUCUGUCCAGGACUUGCUCCUCGAUUCCUGGGGCCCACUCCAAGUCAAGGUGCAGGCUCAGUUCUAAGCCCAAACCAGACUACAGCCAAUGCAGGUCAAAAGGCUGCAUUGCAAUUUCAGGUCAUCUCCCCCCAGCGAAUACCAGCCACUGUGGCCCCCACCCUGCUCCUGUCUCCCAGUGUGUUCAGUCAAACAAAGUCUAGCAGCGGGUUGUCAGCUAUUGUCCAGGAGAGCUGCCCUGCCCCCUCAAGCCUUUCUAGACCCCCGCUACAGGAGGAGAUCAGAGUCUUGUCCAAAACCCAGCUGCAAGCCACACUGCUGCAUCUGAUCCGGACUGACGGUUCAUUCCUGGACACCAUCUAUGAAGCCUACAUCAGCCGCUGUGUUAACAACUCCAGCAGCAAAUACUGACACCUUUCACAUCUUGUCCAGGGCACUGAGGCUCAUUCUCACACCUAAUAUGGACAUAGCACUUCCUCCUCUGAAUCCCUGCUCCAGUCACACAUACUCACUGUAUCUCUUCUGCAUGGCAUAUCCAGGUAAACUGGCUUUCUUCACUUUGAACCAAGAUACAGAAGUUAUCAAGAAUUACAAAUCUAUUUGUUUUUAUAACAAAAUAUAAAACAACUUUGUCAUCCUUUGACUGCUCUGAAAGAACAAAUUCUCCUAAUGUGAGGACCACCAUUUUUGUUCCAAAUGUCGCGUAAUAGUCUUGACCUCACGGGGAAAAUGUAGCCUGUACUUCAGUUCACUCUCAGUGAAUGCAAAAUAUGCUGCAGCCUCACAGUUUUCCCAAGGUGAUUGAGUGUAGUAGUAGCCUGCACUGUUGUAGAAGUGUAGCAGAAUUUAAUUUGUAUUUUUUGUAAUCUGCAGACUUUACUCGGUCACAGGCAUGUAACACCAGCCAGCCCCCUGGGUUCUAAUAACUAUGUCUUCCUAUUCUAAGAACUAGUGUGGCGGGAUAUGCUCUAACUUGAAGCUGAUUUUACUUAUAAAACAUGAAACGUGUUUGGUUUUCUGUACAUUUGGGAACAUAUGUUUAAAGGUCAGAAUUGUUGAUCUUUGAAUUUACAGUUCUUUUAAAUUAAGUUCUUACUAGGUUGCUUUUGAAAAAAUUUUUUAGUAAGUAUACUGUGCCAUCCAAAUACUUUUAAAAUGUAUUAAAAUGUUACCUUGUCAUUUAGACUUUUUGAAGUUUUUUUUUUUCCCAGCAGACACCAGCUGGGAUAUCUGUACCAUUAUUUCAGUUAACCAAGUGAAAACCAAUGUUGUUGCCACACAUUAGUUAGAAAGCUAUAUAUACUUUUUAAUGUAAUGAUGACUCUCCUAAGUGUGUUUGUGUGUCUAGGAGAGAAAAUCUUGUUGUGUCAGGAUGCAUUGUGACUUUACUAUUGCUUUGUUAGUCUUAUUCUUCCUCCUCUGAGUAUUAUCGUUAUGGAGAAUUCGAAGCGACAUGUAUUCAUCCAGCUUGAAGAAACAAGCAAACUAUAAGAAAUUUUCAACCUGCACUACCUCAGAGAGCUCGUUCGGAGCCAUACCUGUGUUUUUACUUGGUAGCAGAUUGUUAGUUAUGUGAUUGGAUUUGAACUUGGUUUAACAGUUAGAUAAUCGAAUCAGAAUUUUUGUUUCAACAAAAAAAAAUUUAAUUACAGAACAAAUAUUGACAAUCUUUUAAAAUAUAUUGAAAUAUUACUUAUUGUUGUAACUUUGUAAUGUUUUUGCAUGUGCAGAUCCUAAAUGAAAACAGCUAUAAUAAAACAGCUUAAUGCUCAGAUGCUUUGUUACUGAAGGUAAAUCCAGCUAAAUAAAUGUUUUCUUAGAUAAAUUUAGAUUUAAAGCAAUAAAAAAUGAUCGCAGAAACUAUAAAAACAUGUCUUACAGUAAGUGUAUGAGCAGAGGCCUGAUAAAAGAACAGUGAGAAAUAGUUCAGGAAUUGAAUUUCUAUGACACUGUUACAUAAGUACUGUAUAAAAUGUCAUAUCACAAUGUUUCUUGCUCAAUAUUACUCAGUCAAUAAAAUGAAGAUGUCGCAGUCUGUAAA